UGACGCACGGAGUGGCGCGCGUGGGACCCGAGAGCUGGGGCUGGGUUUAGUAGGAGACCUGGGGGCCGGGGCCGCCCGUAGACGCCCAUCUGCCAGCUUCUCUUGCUCCGUCGAUUAGGAGGAGCGGUGGCGACCUCGGCCUCCAGUGUCUCCGGCGAAGUGAAGUGACGUGGCGGCCAGGAUGAUGUUGCUGGGCUUGCUGCAGGCGAGCGGGUCAGUGCUGGGUCAGGCGAUGGAGAAGGUGACAGGCGGCAACCUCCUGUCCAUGCUGCUGAUCGCCUGCGCCUUCACCCUCAGCCUGGUCUACCUGUUCCGUGUCGCCGCCGGCCACCUGGUCCAACUGCCAGUAGGGGCGAAAAGUCCUCCGUACAUUUUCUCCCCGAUUCCAUUCCUUGGGCAUGCCAUAGCAUUUGGGAAAAGUCCAAUUGAAUUUCUAGAAAAUGCAUAUGAGAAGUAUGGACCUGUAUUUAGUUUUACCAUGGUAGGCAAGACAUUUACUUACCUUCUGGGGAGUGAUGCUGCUGCACUGCUUUUUAAUAGUAAGAAUGAAGACCUGAAUGCAGAAGAUGUCUACAGUCGCCUGACAACACCUGUGUUUGGGAAGGGAGUUGCAUACGAUGUGCCUAAUCCAGUUUUCUUGGAGCAGAAGAAAAUGUUAAAAAGUGGCCUUAACAUAGCCCACUUUAAACAGCAUGUUUCUAUAAUUGAAAAAGAAACAAAGGAAUACUUUGAGAGUUGGGGAGAAAGUGGAGAAAAAAAUGUGUUUGAAGCUCUUUCUGAGCUCAUAAUUUUAACAGCUAGCCAUUGUUUGCAUGGAAAGGAAAUCAGAAGUCAACUCAGUGAAAAGGUGGCACAGCUAUAUGCAGAUUUGGAUGGAGGUUUCAGCCAUGCAGCCUGGCUGUUACCAGGGUGGCUGCCUUUGCCUAGUUUCAGACGCAGGGACAGAGCUCAUCGGGAAAUAAAGAAUAUUUUCUAUAAGGUAAUCCAGAAACGCAGGCAGUCUGAAGGAAAAAUUGAUGACAUUCUCCAAACUUUACUAGAUUCUACCUACAAGGAUGGGCGUCCUUUAACCGAUGAUGAAGUAGCAGGGAUGCUUAUUGGACUGCUCUUGGCAGGGCAGCAUACAUCCUCAACUACUAGUGCUUGGAUGGGCUUCUUUUUGGCCAGAGACAAAACACUUCAAGAAAAAUGUUAUUUAGAACAGAAAACAGUCUGUGGAGAGGAUCUGCCUCCUUUAACUUAUGACCAGCUCAAGGAUCUAAAUUUACUUGAUCGCUGUAUAAAAGAAACAUUAAGACUUAGACCUCCUAUAAUGACCAUGAUGAGAAUGGCUAAAACUCCUCAGACUGUGGCAGGGUAUACCAUUCCUCCAGGACAUCAGGUGUGUGUUUCUCCCACUGUCAAUCAAAGACUUAAGGACUCAUGGGUAGAACGUCUGGACUUUAAUCCUGAUCGCUACUUACAGGAUAACCCAGCAUCGGGAGAAAAGUUUGCCUAUGUGCCAUUUGGAGCUGGGCGUCAUCGUUGUAUUGGGGAAAAUUUUGCCUAUGUUCAAAUUAAGACAAUUUGGUCCACUAUGCUUCGUUUAUAUGAAUUUGAUCUCAUUGAUGGAUACUUUCCCACUGUGAAUUAUACGACUAUGAUUCACACCCCCGAAAACCCAGUUAUCCGUUACAAACGAAGAUCAAAAUGAAAAAGUCUACAAGGAACUAAUAAUACAUGUGAUCAUCACUGUAAGCCACAAAACCAUUCGAAGAGAAUGAAGUGUACAAAAUAGUUCUUGUGGUGUACUGUUUUUUUGAGUAAUUCUAAAAGCCAAUUUAUCAUUUACCAUUUUGUUAACUGGAUGGUUCUAUCAAAUGUAGUAGCAUUUGAAACAUUUUCUAAUAGUUAUGAAACUUAUACACGUGUGCUUUCAGGAAGUUCAUUAGCAAAACAAUUGUUCAGGGGGGAUCUAGGGAAUUGGCAGAUUCUAAAUAAUAUAAUUUCCAGGUAGUAAUUUUAAGAGUACACAUAGCUCUCGGCAAAUAAGUUUAGGGUAUUCAAAUCUUGGACUAAUCCUGCAAGGCAUAAAGAAUAAAAAUUCCAGUGAGAUACUU